AUGAUCAACAUAGUUCAAGCUAACUUAAACAGAAGUAGAAAUGCACACGAACUUCUUACGCAACUCACGUACGACGAGAAGGCCGAUUUGCUGAUACUCAGUGAGCAGUACCAGGACAGGACGAGCACUACAUGGUUCUCGGACAAGUUAGGCACAGCGGCAAUAUGGGUAACGAACAUAAACAAGGUUCCUGCGGAAAGUCAUGGAGCAGGGGAAGGAUAUGUCUGGGUUAAGAGUGGUAAGAUCACGUUUGUGAGCUGCUACCUCACCCCCAACGAACCCAUCAAAGACUUUCAGACGAAACUUGAUAACAUCGAAGAGAUGCUGCAAGACACCGAAGAGGAGAUAGUGAUCGCUGGGGACUUCAACGCAAAAGCUUUAGAGUGGGCUUUAGAGUGGGGUAUGGCGUAUAUGGACCCUAGAGGAAAAAAAGUGAUGGAAAUGGCUGCAAGAAGAGGACUUGUCGUUCUAAAUACGGGACAGACCACCUUUAGACGCCCUGGGCAGAGAGAAACCAUCCCUGACAUAUCUCUGGUGACAGAAAAUCUUGUCAGAAGGGCCCAAGCUUGGAGAGUCAUGGAUGACUACACCGGAAGCGACCAUUUGUAUAUUAACUUCCGUAUACAAAUGUCUCUAGAAAAAGAAAGGCAUAAGGCGACCAAACAAGAGCACAAAUGGAAUGCUGCCAAAAUGGAUAAGGAAAAGUUGACGUCAACGCUUAUCAGGGGGCAAGAUGCAGUUGCUGAGAUGGCUCAAGAAGACACCGGAAGGGUUGUUGAGAUUACGAUGCAGCUGAAAAUUAGGGAUGAAGUGGAUAAAGACCCCUGGGGCUUGGGAUACAAGAUUGUAACUCGCAAACUUGGAAGACUUACCUCAGUAGGACUGCGUGAUGCCGGAAAAAUGGAAAAUAUUGUAGGUACGCUUUUCCCCACACACUAA